ACUUUCAGUGUUGCAUUCAGAGAUUAAACUAAUUGGUCCACCAAAUAAUACAGUGUAAUGGCUUUGAGGAAAUCCAUACCAAACCAUGCCCGUAUCCUGAUUUGACAACCCCCAUCUUGAUUGACCUAAUUUUCUUCACCUGGUUGCCCUCAUUGACAUAAGCAAUUACAUGAUAAUGCAAUGAUCUAAUUUUGUUCCGGGCCAAAUUACCUCAGUUAGUGGGCAACGGCAUUGACCCAGCUAGCUGUGUUUGAUAUUAGACGCUAUACUAGACUGCCAUUUUUGGAGUGAUCUUCCUAUGCGUGUGAAAGGAUUAUACCCAGAGGUGUCAAGUUAUUAGUUUACCUUUGGGAGGCUGGCUGCUCAAUGGAAACAAUGACCCUGGCUGUCUACUGGCAUGGAAGGAAGCCAUUUGGUACACUCCCAUGUGUGGUGGCAGCCAGCUAUCAGGGCUUACUUCUUUAGCACACCAGAAGCUGAAGGCCCUGCUGAUAUCUCCAAGGCUUUACUGGUCACACUGGCACACUAAAUCUGUGUGCUGUCUAAAGGUUCUCCUGUUGCCUUAUUAGAGAGAAUCUGAGUGCUGUGGCAAUGAAGUCAUGGGUCAUCUGGAUUUCACCUACACUUGGUCCCUCUGUUUAAGUCCUCAAGAAACAGUGUACAAACAUGGUCCAGUUGGCAUGACCUCUGAAAUUAAACACUGGUAGAAAAUGUUAUUUCGUAUGAGAUGGACUUUAAACUGCCUUAAGAUAUACAGCUCUGGAAAAAUUGAGACAAUUGAGUGAGGAACAGAAGGAUAACAUUUAAUAGGCCACUCAAAAUUUUACCCUUCUGUUCCUCACUAAAAAUUGUCCUUCUCAACUUUUUUUUAAAUGAAAGAAAAAGGUGCAGUGGUCUCAAAUUCAAUGUCGUCAUCUAAAUAUUUUAAUGUUAAAUAUUUAUUUGAAUGUGAUAUAGAUAAAGCACUGUGUAAUGAAGAAUGAGAUGUAUAAAACAACCUUUUUAUUUACAUUGUUAUGGGGUCAAGGCUAUUGAAUCUUGGUUAUGUGCAUAUAGACACACUGAAACUAAUGCUUAGUGUAUGAUUUAUUGGGUAUUAUAUUAAUACAGUUUAUAUACAUAACUACUGCUUUUCUUAUCCUGUUCAGUAUGUAAGUAUUUUCAAUGUAAUGCCAAAGUUCAGUUUCAAACUAGAAUUAUGUCUUUAUCGCGUGGGCUUUUUAUUAUAAUUUAAAUGUAAUGCUAUGAUUGAUACACGGAAUUUGUCGAUUAAUGCAUUCAUGUUUCCUAUUUAACGGCGGGAACAUUGUUCUUGUAGGACCAAAUUGCAUGGGAAUAUAAAUCUGGUGUAGAAAGAUGGUAACUAAAAUAAUAUAAUGGGGGUUUUCAAGGUUAAUUAAUAAGAGUAAUUGUGAGUAAAAUAGUUGCAUUAGUAAUGUUAUGGAAAUUGGGGAAAGUGGAUUUGUAUACCCGUUGUCAGUUGUGUUGAUGUAAAUCGGUACAUUUAUACAAUUUGACAGUUGAAUUAUUUAAAGGAGAGAUUGUAACUAAUAGGGACUAAAGUAAUUGCAAAGUUUCAAGGUCAGCACCAGUUCUUUUUUAAAGGACUUUUGUAUGUGGAUGUUUUCAAUAUAUCUGGCAACCUUUUCUGAAAAGUUGUUUUGUCUGUGGUCAUUGAUAAAAUCUACCGUAUCAUUGCAUCCAAGAUACCUCCAGGACAGGUACAACAAAGGUAUUAUUUACGAUCCUUAUCUCCCAACCAAGAACACAACAUAUUUUGAGAUGUAUAAUGUAUAAAACAUCCCAGUUGGCAGGGAUGUGUGUGCUUCAGGGAUUUUUCCAGCAUUAUUAGGGAUUCUAAGUAUUUAGCCUAAUUAACAAAAUAGAAAAAUUGUGUCACUUGAAACUGGUGUCAAAGGGGUGGUGUGCCCUAAUUAAUGGUCAUUCUAGCCUCAGCCUUGAGUUACACUGAAGCUGGCUCCCACUGAUAACCCUCGGAGAGGAAUGUCAACUGCUUCAGUCUAGCCAUGCAGUUAGCUGUUUCCCUCUAUAGAAGUGGAUUUAACAAUGGAUAGUAAUACAUGUUAACUCCUGUGAUUUACAGCAUAUAAUAAAGGAUCUCUGCGAGGCUCAUGUGGAUGAAGGUAUGAGAAUAACUUAAACCAUGUUUUAAGUGUGAUUCUUAGAACCGGUAAAACAAGUAUGGCUACUUCAAAUGGGAAAGGUGAGAAAGUGUCCAAAUUUGAGACUUUGAAACUUUUGGAAAAAUGCCGAAAAGAAAGAGACGAUGCAAUCCUCAGAGAGAAUGCUCUUCGGGAAAAACUGAGACAAUACGAAUCCAGAAUGCGUUCAACAGAGGCACUUAAACAGAAACUGAAGACCUUGAUACUGGAUAAUAAAGAGCUGCGGAAAAUGGUGAAGACACUCCGGCAGGAGAUAGGACUUGAGGCCAGUCCCAAAUUCAACGGGAAAUCCACAAAGGACAUAAUUCAUGAUUUUCAUGAGAAGGAACGUCAAUGCAGUUCCUUGGUUGAAAAAACAGGAAAAUUGAGUUUGACUAUUGAUGAUUUAACAUCGGAAUUGGCAAACACUGUUACCUCUAAAACUCUAUUGGAAGAUCAGGUGCAAUCAUUGCAGCAAAAUCUAAAGGACAUGACAAACAACCAGCGACGUUUACUGAAAUUGUGGGAGGACAAGAAGUCUCAAAGAGAGCAGCUCACUCUACCCGCAAUUGCUCAAAGACCCGGACAGAAACCAAUAGCCCAUAAAUCAAUCCAGACACAGACAGAGAUGUCAAUCAACCCUGCUCAGAAGCUUCCAAUCAACGCAUUUGAAACCAAACCAUUCCGCCGCGAUACAGAGAAAAAAUCAAGUUUAGAAAAGAUAGAAAAAAGAGGUUUACCAACAUUUGGAAAUGGCUUUGGAAAUGGAAAUCAUCAUCGGGACAAGACUGCUUUUGUUCAUGAUGACACUAAAUGAAUCAAAAAUGUAUGGACUUACAGAGACCAGAUGUUUAAAUGAUUAACAGGUUACAGUAAUCGAUAGUAGGCCUAUAGUUAAUCUAAUUUGUUGUAAAACACGACCAAUAGGGAUUAAAAUGACUGACGAACGAACAACGAAAUUAACUGAAUAUUGAUUUAUGCCAUAGAAAUGUCAGUCCACUGAAACUAUUACUGCAGAUUACCGUUUUGUAAAUGUAUUUUUUGUGUUUCAGUGUAGGACUCUGUUUUUAUUAGCAUAAAGAUCAGCUAAAUAAA